GAAAAUAAUCAUAUUCGGUGACCGAAAAACAAACAUAAAAGUAAAAAAUAAUAAAGAAUUUCAAAUAUAUCAUUUGACAUUAUGAAUAUUUCAGAGUAUAUAUUUUCUUAUAAAGUAGACAUAAACGAGUUUGUGAUUUUCAACUGUUUCUUAUUGAUCAUAAUCAUGGUUAUCUGGUCAUACUGAUUUUGACAUUCGUAUUCCUGUUUUCACAGUCGCUACAUGUCAAUUAGUUUUCCCAUAACAUAAGUUUAAGUUAUAUUGAAUCUCGUCGGAUGCUUUUAUUUCAAAUUCAAAUACUGUUAAGGAAGUUAUUACACGCAAAAUAACUUUUUAACUUUUUAAAUUUUGAACAUGAGUGAAUCAGAUUCAAGUAGCUCCAUUAAUGACGAAAUCAAGAAUGCUCUCCCAUCAGAAUGGAAAUACAAACUUCUCAAAAAAGUUGUGUAUGGUUCACCUAAAAAAUUAGAGAUAUGUAUUAAAGUAGCUUUAUUUUCAACUAAAGAAAUUGAAGCUUGGAUGGAAGCCUUGGAAGAAAAAGUACAAUGUAGUUAUUCCAUAUCUAAUACAAGAAAAUGUGCUGGGGAAAAAGUUAUUUUUAAAAGGCGUCUAACUUGUCAGCAUAAAACAGGAAACAAAAGUACUUAUCCUAAUCUAAAAACAGGUACAAGAAAUACAAAUUGCCCCUCUAGGAUAUCAAUAUCUUUAAUGAGAAUACAAAAAAAAUAUAGAGGAAAGGACCCUCCUGACCCAGAUAUGCCAUGUAUAAUUGAUUAUGUGAUUACCCAUAAUCAUUCCUCAACUCUUUCAGUACGUUAUAGAAGGGUUAGUAAGAGUGUUCAAAAUAAGUUGAAGGACCUGUUUUCUGUUGGAUAUAAUGCAUCAACAGCUCAUGAGUAUAUUAAAAUAGAUUUGCAAAUAAAUAAUCCAUUUAAUUAUGAGGAAUUAUUUGUAAAUCGCAGUAUCUGCCCUGAUAGGAAUUUCUGCCAUAGAUCGUAUAAUUUCUUCACAAGAGAACAUGGCUCAAUUGACUAUACUGACAAAACAUUUUUAAUCACAAGAGUAGAACAAUAUAAUAUUGAAAUGGGGGAGAAAUGUGCAAUGAUUGAAAUAGAUCAAGAGUCUUUUGUUAUUGUGCUAUGUCCUCCGUUAUUCAAAAGGGUUCAUCAAUUUAUAAAAGUUUCAUCUGAAAUUGUAUAUAUGGAAUCCGUUAAUCCUGGAGAUAAUGAUGACAGCAAAACUUUUUUUAUGUCAACUAAUAGCGCAUGCGGUUAUUUACCUCUUGGUGUUAUUAUUACUAGUUUAGAGAGGUCUGAUUUGAUUCUUAGAGGUCUAAAAAUAUUACAAUCAUUAGUAGGUGACACAAUGUUUUACGGUAAUAGGGAAGGCCCCCAACUAUUUGUCAUUGAUGACUGUGAAGCAGCUGAAACAGCUCUGAAUACUUUAUGGCCUCAAUCGGAAGUAUUUUUCUGCAUGUUACAUAUAUUAAAGUCGCUUUGGAAAUACCUACUUUGUUCAAAAAACGGUAUUAACAGAGAUGAAGCAUUGACUUAUUUCAAUCAAUUCAGGCAAAUCAUGAUUGCUCCUACCAAAGAAACUUGUGAUCAGUUGUUUAAAGAAGCAAUUAUACUUGCUGAUAAGUACGAUAAUUAUUUGAAAGUUUUGAAAGCAUAUUGGCAGAGAAAAGAUAUGUGGACUAACGCUUAUCGACACGUUUAUUUGAAUCAUAAUUAUCAAAAUAUACUCUCACUGGACGAUUCUGAGACAUCAUCGUGUUUGAUAAAGCAGUCUAUCUUUCAUAGAAUGAGAUCAUUUAAUGUAAUCCAAUUGUUUGAUUUUAUUUUGACAAAAUUUGUUGACUAUAAUACAGGAAGACUACUGGAUAUAGUAAAAGAUCGCGCAUUAAGAAAUAUGUCAAGAAAUAUACCAGUAAAUAUAGACAAAGAAACAAUACAACAAGUAAACGAAUAUUUAUAUUUUGUUCCUAGUCUUAAGGCUGGAAAUACAAAUUAUGCUGUUAAUACAGAAAUUUUAUCAUGUACAUGUCUCAAAAAUAAUACUGGAUACAUUUGCUAUCAUAUUGGGUGGCUCCUACCAUCACCUCCACCUUUUCAAAAUAAAAUUGAAGAUGCUGAUCUUAAAGAAAUUUUCUAUCAAACUGCUACUGGUAAAAGAGCAUCUAUAGAACCCGAACAUCAAACGUCUGCAAUCAUUUCAAAAGAUAAUGUAAAUGAUCAAGAAAACAACAUACAGAACAGAUCAAGAGUUAUUGAAGAAAUAAUAGUUGUAGGAAAAGAGGUAUUAAAAUUGGAGAUUAUACACAAUGGUGAUGAAAUAUUCAUAAAUGCUGACGGUAAACAUCAAGUUCCUAAUCAAAAUAACGCAGGUAAUAAUUCGAACAUGAGAACUAUAAGGACAGACAGGGAACAGGUAAUCUCCGCAGGGAAAUUUAUUAUCAAUGAACUAUCCAAGUCGUUGAAUUACAUUUUAGAGAAAUCACCAUUUCAAGUAAUGCCAGCAUUACAAAAAUUACUCAAUAAAACAAACAGUAAUUUAGAUUCAGGAGACAAUUUCAUAUUGGAUUGUGAAAAGUACGUUCAAUAGCAUAUAAUAUUUAUUAUUAAUUAUUGUGAGAUUCUAUUCUUAUAAUGACUGACCAAGUGAAACUAAAAAAGUAUUUAAAUAAUUUAUAUUUGAGGGCAUUACGAGUGAAUCCAUAGAAUUUUUAUCACAUUGAUUGCUGUUGAAGCAUUAAAAAAGUGAUAUGAAUAAGAGUGCUGGAAGAUUACGUUCUAUGAGUUCUAUAAGCAAUAAUUGCAUUAAAAAUACUUCCCAACUCUCAUCAUGUGCUUGUUUUUUGGGAGUAUCACUAUAAGUAAUUAAUUCUCAGUCUUUUGCUCCUUUAGUAUAUUAGAAUGUAUACCUUUAUUUCGAGUUUAAUUAGUUCCAUUAAUAAUUGUUGAUUAUUAUUUUGUAAUAUAAUUUAUGAUUAUUUCGUUAA